AUGUCUAUUAUACUUUCAUAUGAAAACUGGUUUGAAAUUGCCCGUAAAGGAAAAUUCAUUAAAGAACUCGAAUACAGGUCUUUUAAGAAUUUAAAGAAAAUUGGCAGUGGAGGGUUUGGUGAUGUAUAUAGUGGUCAUUCUGAAGAUUUGGGAGAUGUAGCUGUGAAGAAAUUACAUCAAGGUCUCGAAAAUGAUAAAGAUUCUGUUGAUAAAUUUAUUAGAGAACUUAAAAAUAUUACUGAAAUCGCUUAUAAUAUGUAUAUAAUACAAUUUUUUGGAAUUACUCAAGGUAUGUCAGAUUCGUACUGUAAAUACUAUAAAUAA